GGAGGGAAUGAAGAUGAAGGUGGAAUGAGUGUGAAGGGCGAGGAGCAGGGAGAAUACGACGCGGGAUACUCGGAAGUUGAAGGAAGCAGAGACAACGAGGAAUGUCACGAGCAGGAGGAGGAGGAAGCCUCAACAGAGAAGGACAGCAGUGAACCCUGUGAAGCGGGGUUCAAGCUAAAGAAGGCCGGUAAAAGCGUGGCCAACAAGAAAUCCCUGUGCGUGAUCCAGUGCGACAAGUGCCAGGAGCGGUUUGUUUCCCGGAAGCAGUACGUGGAUCACUGCCGGGACGCGCACCAGAGCCUGCCCGGCAAGGCCUACCGCUGCGAGGAGUGCGGCAAGGCCUUCGCCAGCUCCACCAGCUGCAAGGAGCACCGCGCCUGCGUGCACAGCGAGGAGAGGAGGUUCUCCUGCGGCCUCUGCCAGGCCACCUUCAAGAGGAAGCGGGAUGUGAGGAGCCAUUCCGUGCGGAAGCACGAGGGCAGGGCCAAGCGGCCGCUGUGCUCCGUGUGCGGCAAGAUGCUGAGCUCCCGCACGGCGCUGGUGCUGCACAUGCGGACGCAUACCGGCGAGAAGCCCUACGAGUGCGCCGUGUGUCGCUCCAGGUUUGCUCAGCCGUCCCAGCUCAAGAUCCAUACCAGAUCCCACACCGGGGAGAAGCCCUACAUCUGUGAGGACUGCGGCGCUUCCUUUGCCGACAGAGGAAAACUCACCGGCCACAAAAGGACACACACAGGAGAGCGGCUCUUCGGGUGCGACGUGUGCGGGAAACACUUUGCCACCAACGAGUACCUCAAGUGCCACAAGCGCUGCCACCUGGGAGCCAAACCCUACAGCUGCCAGGUCUGCGGGAAAACCUUCGGCCUCAGAGCCUCCCUGGCCCAGCACAGCAACGUCCAUGCAGAGAGGCGUCCCUAUUUCUGCGAGCAGUGCGGCAAGGCCUUCACGCAGCCGGGAGCUCUGCGGCGCCACCAGCGCAUCCACACCGGAGAGAA